CGACACACUCAACAGUGUGAUCACAACGGUACGAGCCUUCGUGGCCACAGCGCAUGGUUUGCCAUAUUUGGGCUGUGGGCUCGGCCGUUCCUUAUUGGGACCUUGUGCCGGUACCAACACCACAACAUGCCUCGCGCGAUAAUUUCACCUUCCGUCCUUGCCUCUGACUUUGGCCAGCUCACUGCAGAAUGCAAGCGAAUGAUCAAAGGAGGAGCUGAAUGGCUGCACAUGGACGUCAUGGAUGGCCAUUUUGUGCCGAAUAUCACGAUGGGCGCGCCGAUUCUCUCAUGUGUAUCCAAGGGAGUCCCGGGAAUCUUCAUGGACUGUCAUAUGAUGGUUGUGCAACCAGAGAAGUGGGUCGACGAUAUCGCAGACGCUGGGGGUGCGCUGUACUGUUUCCACCUCGAGGCAACGACCGACCCCCUUUCGCUUAUCAAAUCCAUUCGCGGUCGCAACAUGAAAGCGGGCGUUGCGAUCUCCCCGGAUACCCCAUCCACCGCUAUUACAGACGAGAUUGCAAAUGCGGCUGACAUGCUCCUCGUAAUGACUGUCUACCCAGGCCGUGGUGGACAGAAAUUCCUCGAACGCUGUGUUCCCAAGGUUGCUGAGCUUCGUGCGAGGUUCCCUGAGAAAGAUAUCGAGGUCGACGGAGGUGUCGGCCCGGCGACAGUCGGCGUCUGUGCGCAUGCAGGCAGUAAUGUCAUCGUGGCCGGGACUGCUAUCUUCGGUGCCUCUGAUCCCGAGGGCGUUAUCGCACAGCUCAAGGCUGCGGUUAACACGGCACAGGCAGCAGCUAGAUCGUAAUAAUAGUUAUGUGUACAUGCUCGUGAAGAAUAAAUUACACAAUAUACAUAGAAAAUAG